CUCAACCUUUUUCUUUCCAUGCCUGACUUACAUAUGAAGCUAGGGUUACUUGUGAUAAGUAACACUUUCUCAUCAUUAUUUAUGUUGUAUGGGAUCUUCCAAUGUUUGGGCUGCUGUGCAAAUCAAUCCUCUCCUCAAAUUUGGCUCAUCACAACUCUUGGGCUAACAGAUUAUCAUAGUGCAAUCACCCAACUUGACCAUGGGCUUGUAUAGCGAGAGGUGUUAGAAAUCUUUACACAAGGUCUGCUUUUUUUUUUUUUUUUUUUUUUUUUUUAGGACAAUUACAACUCCAUUACAACUCUCAAUUACAACUCUCUGGCCUCACCUAGUUACUUAGAUACACAUACAAGCUUGGAUCUUAAUAAGAUGUCUUUCCCAAUUACUAUCUUCUGUAAGAAUCUACAAAGGGAGACUUUGGACUCAGUUUAUCUUAUUUGCUUGGCCCUACUGUCAUAAAAAGUUUAAAUUCACAUAUUAUAAAGAUGGUAACAGGAAAAGAAUUCCAAGUUCUCAGACAGAAGAACAAUUAGCCAAGGAAAUCUGCUUUCCAGAGCCAGCAGAUCAAACUUAAAUUCGUUAAAGAUGUCAUGGAAAAGCAGUCACCUAAUGGGAGUUCACAAGUUUCUUCUGUUUGUGACUUUAUUUCUGCCAUAUGGGAUGACAAGUUCUGUUCUAACUGUCAAUGGCAAAGCUGAUAACUAUAUUCUGGAUACUUACCUUGGCGCCUACGAAUCUUUGAAGUGCACUGUUCAAAACCACACCAGAGAAGAAAAACUUCUCUGGUAUCGAGAAGGGGGGACAGUGGAUUUGAAAUCUGAAAACAAAAUCAAUUCCAGCUCUGUCUGUGUUUCUAACGUCACUGAAAAUGACAAUGGAGUCUCCUUUACCUGCAAGCUUCAGAGGAACCGGUCAAUGUCCAUCUCAGUGGUGUUGAAUGUCAUUUUUCUUCCUCUCCUAAGUGGGAGUGACUUCCAAACAGUUGAGGAAGGCAGUGAUGUGAAAUUGGUUUGCAAUGUGAAAUCCAACCCACAAGCACAAAUGACAUGGCACAGAAAUGGCAGCAUCCUGAAUUUAGAGAGUAACAAUCAAGUUCACCAGACAAGCAAAUCUCUACAGCUGUCAAUCACCAAAGUGAAGAAAUCUGACAGUGGAACCUAUACCUGUACUGCAAAGUCAUCUCUGGGUCAGGAGGUGACCAAAGACUUUUACCUCACUGUCAAAGAUAAAGUUGUGACUGUACCAAUAGAACCUAUCAUCGCUGCAUGUGUUGUGGUUUUUUUGACACUGAGCUUUGGACUGGUUGCUAGAAGAAAAAGAAUAAUGAAGCUCUUUAUCAAGAAUAAAGAUCCUCAGGGAGGAACAGCUCUAUGAGAAAGCUGAGAUGCCAUUCAGUACAAGAGCUUUGCCUCAGGACUUCCUUGACUUAUGUAGUCCAUCUAUAUUUAUUGCCAUUAUUAAAUUUGUUCUUUCUAAUUUCUCAAAUAUUAUGAAUAUGUAUAUCAUUAAGCAUGUAACAGUAGAUAUUAUAACUGAUUUGAUAUGUUUACAUGACAUUUUUAUGGAGAAACCUGUGAAGAAUGGAAGUGAGAUUGUUGUUAAGUCUUCUCUUUGAAGCGUAUUUUAAUUAAUUGUAAAUUGUUCUGAAAAUAUUGGUAACUACUGACCAUUUAGAAUAUAUUUUUCUAGCUAGAUUAGCAAGCAUUAGAGUUUCGUAAAUCACUACAAUACAAAAAUUGUGUGUAGGGGGCAGGCAACAUAGAGUAAUGAAUUUUUUUUUCUCAGAUAACAAUUUAUUAUUAUCUGUUGCUAGUACACAGGUAAUUGAACCAUAACUUCUUUCUAUGUGGAUGGGGAAAAAUUAUUUGUAGCCACUCUAUGGGGGAAGCUGUGUGUAUUUAAUCAUCAUCAUCGUGGCAUUUUAGACUCUUGAUCCUCUGCUUAUGCCGUUCAAUUUCUAGUAAUGAAUUUUUUUAAGUUGCCAGGGAAACAUGAAAAUAUUACUUAUUAUCUACCUUCACUGUUGUUUCAUAAAAUAAAUGCUUUUGGUCAAGAAAAGAAAAAAAAAAGAAGGAAGGAAGGGUAGAAGGAAGAGAAAGGACACGGCCUCAAAACAUGAUGCUUCUGUAAAUGGAAUAAAUGUACUAUUAUGAAACA